GUGAGUGCAGAGGAGGAUAGAAGAGUGCAGUAUAUAGGGCUGAGUGUACCACAUAGAUUGCAGUGAGUGCAGGGGAGGAAAUGCAAAGAAUUGAGUAGAAUCCUAUGAAAAGAGCACUGCAGUGUAUGAAGUGCUGAGAGACUGCUGGAGCUGCAGUAGGGCAGAGGUGACAUGAAUGCAUGAAGGUCCACUAGUGGUAAGAGAGGAGAUCCAGGAUGCAUGAAGAGGAAAGCCAUAGAACACCCUCACAGACUUUUAUUGUCUUCUCCUGGAAGAAAGAAGACCCUGCAAGUAAGGAAUAACAGGAAUAAUCCACAUAGGGACAGAUACAAGAUGCCUGGACGGCUGAAGACGGCCCUGAGAAUCCUAGGCACAAGCCUAUUUGCCGUGCUGGUGCUGGGGGGCAUACUUGCGGCAUAUGUGACCGGUUACCAGUUCAUUCACACUGACCGCCAUCACCUGUCCUUUGGGCUGUAUGGAGCUAUCUUGGGACUUCACCUCCUCACUCAGAGCCUUUUCGCUUAUCUGGAGCACAAACAAAUGCGAAAAGGCGGCAAGGGUCUACCGGGAUCCUCCAGGGUGGCCCUGUGCAUUGCGGCCUACCAAGAAGACCCAGAGUACCUGAGGAAAUGUCUGCAGUCGGCACGAAGGAUCUCCUACCCGCACCUCCGAGUCAUCAUGGUGAUUGACGGGAAUUCAGAGGAGGAUAGGUACAUGAUGGACAUUUUUCGAGAGGUGAUGGGAUCAGAGGGCACUUGCUGCUAUGUCUGGGACAACAAUUACCAUGAUUCGCAAGAAGGCGGGCAGGAGGGCGAGCGGGGAGUGCAGGAGCUGGUGCAGAAGUUCCCGUACGUCUGUAUCAUGCAGAAAUGGGGAGGAAAGCGAGAAGUCAUGUACACUGCGUUCCGGGCUCUUGGGGAUAGUGUGGACUAUGUGCAGGUUUGUGAUUCUGACACGGUGCUUGACCCGGCGUGCACUGCCGAGAUGCUGCGGAUAUUGGAAGAAGACCCUAAAGUGGGUGGAGUUGGAGGAGACGUGCAGAUCCUGAACAAGUACGACUCCUGGAUCUCCUUCUUGAGCAGCGUGCGAUAUUGGAUGGCAUUUAACGUAGAACGGGCUUGCCAAUCCUACUUUGGGUGCGUGCAGUGCAUCAGUGGUCCUCUGGGCAUAUAUCGGAACAGCCUGCUGCAGUACUUUUUGGAGGACUGGUACCAUCAGACCUUCCUAGGUCAGAAGUGCAGCUUCGGAGAUGACCGUCAUCUCACCAAUCGAGUGCUGAGCAUGGGCUAUAGGACUAAGUACACAGCGCGCUCCAAGUGCCUGACUGAGACCCCCACCAAGUAUUUGCGCUGGUUGAAUCAGCAGACUCGGUGGAGUAAAUCCUAUUUUCGGGAAUGGUUAUACAACGCGCUGUGGUUCCACAAGCAUCACCUCUGGAUGACCUACGAGUCUGUGGUCACCGGCUUUUUCCCUUUCUUUCUGGUGGCUACAGUAGUGCAGCUCUUUUACCGUGGCCGUAUCUGGAACAUAAUGCUUUUUCUUUUGACCGUCCAGCUAGUGGGCAUCGUGAAGGCCACCUACGCCUGCUUCUUGCGUGGCAAUGUCGAAAUGAUCUUUAUGUCUCUGUAUUCUCUCCUCUACAUGACCAGCCUGCUACCUUCUAAAAUGUUCGCCUUGCUCACGAUCAACAAGUCUGGAUGGGGGACCUCCGGCAGGAAGAAGCUGGUGGUGAACUUCAUCGGUAUGGUGCCAGUGUCAGUCUGGUUCUGUAUCCUCCUGGGUGGGCUGGCGUAUACAUCGUACUGCCAAAGUCAAGAUCCCUUCACCGAGACGGAACUCUUAUUCCUGGUGACUGGAGCCACCCUUUACGGGUGUUACUGGCUGGCGCUGCUCAUCUUGUACCUGGUAAUAGUAGCCAGGCGCUGUGGGAAGAAGCAGGAGCUGUAUAGCCUGGCAUCAUCGGAAGUGUGAAUGAUGGGAACUGUCUCGGCAUAUGGCGGAGGCAACCGAGUAUAAGACAUUCUUCCAAAAGAAGACGGUAAGGCAUGGUCUUAUGAGGUCACAGGAGGCAGUUCUCACCAGCAAUGACUUAGAGACCUUACUAUGCAAACAAAUACCUCAGGCAAAUACUAAAGAAAUAGAGCCGUCUGCCAAAGCGAUAAAAGCCAUAGCUGGCACAGCCUUAAGAUGCCCAUAAAUGUCCUAAUGGUAAUGGUGCCAGAAACCUGGAUAACUGUGAGCCCCACCGCCGGCGGAAGAGGCUUCUGAAGUGAAGAUCUCCAUAAUGGACACUAUAUUCAUAGUACAACAGGACGUGACAUCCUACAAUGGCCGCUGAGAUAUCUCCAGCCACGAUUACUCCCAGCAUGGAUGAGACUUGACUCAAGGCUACAUUUUUGAGAAAUGUAGACGCAAAGCCAGACGCGAUCGAGGCUGCAAUCCUCUAUUCCUUAAUAUAUAGGGCUUAGUGCAAUAAGAUACGUGUACAAUACCUUCUGGAUACUAUCUAUCAUUUAGGGCUGUGCUCUUAGUUCUAUCUGCUUCUGGGUGACAGCCCAUAUGGCCGCCAUUACAGCUUCCACACAGGAUGUUGACCGUCCUGGAUAGAUGUAACUUAGGCUGUCUGCGGACACGCGUGCAUCCUAUCCACCGAGCGCUAGAAGGUUUUCCCAUCUGAUGAAUUAACAUGUGAAAUAACAUUUACAAGAGGUUGAGAAACAGAGUUCGUCCAUCCUGCAGGGUGAGAUGGAGAUGGAGGUGCACACAGUCAUAAUGGGAGGGAAAGCAAGGUAUAGCAGGAUUCCAUAAACAUACAUUAUAUGAUCCCUAUAUAAAUCUACUAUACAAUCACACAUGAGGUGCUUCGCAAACACUGUAGUUUUCGUUUUUUUUAGACGCACCUGACCAUAAGACUCACUUAAGUUUUAGAGGAGGAAAAUGAGAAUUUAUUUUUUCCCAAUCUUUAUUAAACCUCAGAUCAUGUCUCUAAUCUGUAUCAGACCCCCCCCCACCCCUCCUCAGUCUUCAUCAAA